GUUACAUCACUACUAUGGAACCUCCUUCCAUGGUACCCCACCAUUUGAGGUUGCUGGCCACUCUCCCAAACCGUGUUCAUCUGCCAAUUUAGGGGGAACGCCGCCUUUGAAUGCGCUGAGUGAGACACCAUAUGGACGGACGGACCGAUGGAUGCAUGACGUGUGGAUGUAACCCAGCAGUCCGCGAAAAGCCAUUUUCACGUCCAGCGUUUGUGGGAGCAUUAACAGAGCGGAUACUAACACGGGCAUCGGGUCUGUCUGUCAAGAGGGUGACCAGACUCUGAACAAUAGCGCCCAAUGCAGCGCGGGUCUCUCUAGUGCAUAACGGGAAAGCCACGGCGGGACUGAGGGCUGCCAGGGGUUUACGGUUGGAGAUGGCUGCACUCUGAUGUGGACUACUCGCACAGAUUAGUGGAAUUAUUGAUGUGAAUAUCGUCUGCUAUCAGCAGCAGACAUAGCCUGUAUUAAUGCAAAAGAUGAAUUCUACCGAUGCUGCCGAGGAAGGACUGACGGAUCCGGAUACGGACCCGUUUUUCAAAACAGUGCCGUCCCUGUCAUCCAGCUCUCUGCGAAACGACGGGAUAAAAGCGUGUGAUGUUCUAACGGUGCUGAGGGAGAAAGUAGCGUUUGUCUCUGGGGGUAGGGACAAGCGAGGGGGGCCCAUCCUGACCUUCCCCGCCAGGAGCAACCACGACCGAAUAAAACAGGAGGACCUGUGCAAACUGGUGACCUAUCUGUCUACUGUGCCCAGCGAGGACGUAAGCAAGCGCGGCUUCACUGUGAUCAUCGACAUGCGCGGCUCCAAGUGGGACCUGAUCAAGCCCCUGCUGAAGACGCUGCAGGAGGCCUUCCCGGCCGAGAUCUGCGUCGCCCUCAUCAUCAAGCCAGACAACUUCUGGCAGAAGCAGAAGACCAACUUUGGAAGUGCCAAAUUUACAUUCGAGACCAGCAUGGUGUCAGUUGAUGGCCUGACGAAGUUGGUGGACCCCUCCCAGCUGACGGGAGACCUGGAGGGGACGUUAGAGUAUAACCACGUGGAGUGGACGGAGCUCCGAGUGUCCCUAGAGGAGUUCACCGGCGGUGCCCUGCACCUCCUCUCGCGCUUGGAAGAGCUGCAGGAGGCGCUCUCACACCAGGACCUCCCCAUGGACGCAGAGGAGUCGCGGCGGCUCCUGGAGGAGCACGCGCGGCUGAGGAAGACCAUCACCAAGGCCCCGGUGGAUGGACUGGACCAGGAGGGCCAGCGGCUGCUGCAGAGGAUCCGUGACGGGGGCGACGGCCGGCUCUCGGGAGGCCCGGACUUCCAGAGCCUGGUGCCCAAGGUCGCCGCCCUAAUGGACAAGCUGCAGGCCACACGGCAGCACCUGCUCCAGGCCUGGCAUGCCCGCAAACUACAGCUGGACCAGUGCUUCCAGCUCAGGCUCUACGAGCAAGACGCAGAGAAGAUGUUUGAGUGGAUCAGUCACAACAGGGAGCUGUUCUUGCAGAGUCACACUGAGAUUGGCAAGAGCCACCAACACGCCGCAGACCUGCAGGCUCAGCACGACCACUUCGCCAUGAACUCCAUGAACGCGUACGUGAAUAUCACGCGGAUCGUCUCGGUGGCGACGCGGCUGUGCGAGGCGGGCCACUACGCGUCGCAGCAGAUCCAGCAGGUGUCGGCGCAGCUGGACCAGGACUGGAAGAGCUUCGCCGCCGCGCUGGAGGAGCGCAGCGCCAUCCUCACCAUGUCCUCUGUCUUCCAGCUGAAAGCAGAGCAGUUUCUCUCCAGUUUAGAGGGGUGGACUAAGACAUGUAAUGAGGGUGGGUUGCCAUCCGUUGUACCAGAGCUUGAGGUUGCCAUCCACAGCCACCAGACUCUGUGUGACCAGGUCACCACAGCCUACAAUGAGGUCAGUCAGAAGGGGAAGACGUUGCUGGAUGUGCUGCAGCGGCCACAGCCUGCUCCUGACUCUGGCUCGCUAACGUCAGGGGCAGACUACACGCUGGCCGUGCGGGCGGUUCUGGAGCUGGUUCACGAGGUUCUGCACCAGAACCGCCGUCUGGAGGGGCUGCUGCAGCACCGCAAGCUCCGUCUGCACCAGAGGCUCCAGUUGUAUGUGUUUCAGCAAGACGUACAGCAGGUGCUGGACUGGAUAGAGAACCACGGCGAGGCUUUCCUCAGUAAACACACAGGAGUUGGGAAGUCUGUGCACAGGGCUCGAGCUCUGCAGAAACGCCAUGACGACUUCCAGGAAGUGGCCCAGAACACGUACACUAACGCGGAUAAGCUGCUGGAGGCGGCGGAGCAGCUGGCCCAGACUGGGGAGUGCGACCCGGAGGAGAUCUACUCGGCAGCCCAUCACCUGGAGCUGAAGGUGCAGGAGUUUGUGCGUCGCGUCGAGCAGAGGAAGCUGCUGCUGGACCUCUCCGUGUCCUUCCACACACACACCAAGGAGCUCUGGACCUGGAUGGAGGAGCUGCAGAAGGGCCUGGUGGAGCGGGUGAGUUCUGGUUCCGUGGACGAGGUUCAGGAACUCAUCAGACAGUUCCAGCAGCAGCAGGGCAGCACUCUGGACGCCACGCUCAACGUCAUCAAGGAGGGCGAGGAACUCAUUCAGCACCUCAGGGACUCUGCUCUGGCCUGUAACCGGCUGCCCCACGCGAGCUCCGUGGCACACAUAGAGAGCGUGCUACAGCAGCUGGACGAGGCUCAAGUUCACAUGGAGGAGCUCUUCCACGAGCGCAGGAUCAAACUGGACAUCUUCUUACAACUGCGCAUCUUUGAGCAGUAUGCCUUAGAGGUGACAGGCGAGCUGGACGCCUGGAAGCAGGAGCUGCAGAGGCAGGCGAGCGACUUCAACGCCGAGGACCUGGCCCUGGCCGAGCAGCGGCUGCACCGGCACACCGAGCGCAAGCUGGCGAUGAACAACAUGACCUUCGAGGUCAUCACGCAGGGCCAGGACCUCCACCAGUACAUCAUGGAGGUGCAGGCAUCAGGUAUGGAGCUAACAGGAGAGAAGGACGUGGAUCUGGCCACUCAGGUUCAGGAGCUGCUGGAGUUUCUGCACGAGAAGCAGCGUGAGCUGGAGCUGUGUGCCGAACACACACACAAGCGCCUGGAACAGUGCCUGCAGCUGCGCCACCUACAGGCGGAGGUCAAACAGGUCCUAGGUUGGAUCCGUAAUGGCGAGUCCAUGCUGACAGCCAGUACAGUGAAUGCAGGCUCUCUGUCAGAGGCUGAGCAGCUGCAGAGGGAGCAUGAGCAAUUUCAGAUGGCUAUAGAGUCCCUGCUACACGCGGACUCUCUGCAGCGCACCCACCAGAGCGCCUUGCAGCUGCAACAGCGGGCCGAGCUUAUGCUGCAGGCGGGCCACUACGACCCGGAUGCGGUGCGGGCCUGCGCUGAGACGGUGGCGCUGCACUGGCAGACCCUCAUGCUCAAGAUGGAGGACCGGCUCAAGCUGGUCAACGCCUCUGUGGCCUUCUACAAGACUUCCGAGCAGGUGUGUAACGUGCUGGAGAGUCUAGAGCAGGAGUAUCGGCGCGAAGAGGACUGGUGUGGUGGCCAUGAUAAGCUGGGCGCCUCAGCCGAUUCAGACCACGUGGUUCCGCUCAUUACCAAACACCUGGAACAGAAGGAGGCCUUCCUCAAGGCUUGCACUCUGGCCAGAAGGAACGCAGAGGUCUUCCUCAAGUACAUCCACCGCAACAACGUCAGCAUGCCAGGGGUGGCCAGCCACACACGCGCCCCUGAAACUCAGGUCAAAGCUAUCCUGAGUGAGCUGCUUCAGAGGGAGAACCGAGUCCUGCACUUCUGGACUCUGAAGAAGCGCCGCUUGGACCAGUGCCAGCAGUAUGUGCUGUUCGAGCGCCAUGCCAAGCAGGCGCUUGAUUGGCUGCAGGAGAGGGGCGAGUACUACCUCUCCACACACACGUCGCUGGGGGAAACCUCCGAGAAAACUCAGGAGCUACUCAAGGACUACGGGGAGUUCCGCGUCUCUGCCAAGCAAACUCAGGAGAAGGUGAAGCUGCUGAUCCAGCUGGCAGACAGUCUGGUGGAGAAGGGCCAUGUCCACGUGACGGAGCUGAAGAGGUGGGUGUCCACGGUGGACCGGCGCUACAGGGACUUCAGCCAGCGCAUGGGCCAGUACCGCUGCAGCCUGGAGCGAGCCCUGGGCAUCUGCUCCGAGGACAACAAAGAUCUGGAGCUGGACAUCAUCCCAGCCAGCCUGACCCACCCCGACCCGGAAGUGAAUCUGCAUGACCCCGACCAUGAGGUCAAUGAGGAGAAGAGGAAGUCUGCCAGGAAGAAAGAGUAUAUCAUGGCCGAGCUUCUUCAAACCGAGAGAGCGUACGUCAGGGACCUGCAGGAAUGCUUAGAGACAUUCCUUUGGGAGAUGACCAGCGGCAUGGAUGAGAUUCCCCAAGGAAUCGCUAACAAGGAGCACGUCAUCUUUGGGAAUAUCCAGGAGAUCUAUGAAUUCCAUAAUAACAUUUUCCUGAAAGAGCUGGAGAACUAUGAGCAGCUCCCUGAGGAUGUGGGCCACUGCUUCGUCACAUGGGCGGAUAAGUUCCACAUUUACGUCACGUACUGCAAGAACAAACCUGACUCCAGUCAGCUCAUCCAAGGACAGGCUGGCAGGUUCUUUGAUGAGAUCCAGCGCAGGCAUGGACUGGCCAACUCCAUCUCCUCCUACCUCAUCAAACCAGUGCAGAGGAUCACCAAGUACCAGCUUCUGUUGAAGGAGUUGUUGACAUGCUGCGAGGAGGGGAAAGGAGAAAUAAAGGAAGGUUUGGAGGUCAUGCUCAGUGUCCCCAAGCGAGCCAACGAUGCCAUGCAUGUCAGCAUGCUGGAGGGUUUCGAUGAGAACCUGGCCGUGCAGGGAGAGCUCAUCCUCCAGGACACCUUCCAGGUGUGGGACCCUAAGUCCCUGAUCCGGAAGGGUCGUGACCGCCACCUGUUCCUGUUCGAGAUCUCGCUGGUCUUCAGCAAAGAGAUGAAGGACUCAUCGGGACGCACUAAAUACGUCUACAAGAGCAAACUACUGACGUCAGAGUUGGGGGUGACUGAGCACAUCGAGGGGGACCCGUGUAAGUUUGCUCUGUGGGCUGGACGGACCCCCACCUCCGACAACAGAACGGUUUUAAAGGCCACCAGUAUGGAGUUGAAGCAGGAGUGGAUCAGGAACAUCCGGGAGGUGAUCCAGGAGAGAACUGUCCACCUGAAGGGGGCGCUAAAGGAGCCCAUCCACCUGCCCAAAACUCCUGCUCGUCAGAGAACCAUCAGCAAGAGGGACACGACUGAUGAUGCAGACAGCCAGGGGGAUGCCAGCAGCCAACCUGACACCAUCUCCAUCGCCUCACGCACCUCUCAGAACACUGUGGACAGCGACAAGCUGUCAGGCGGCUGUGAACAGACCGUGGUCCUGCAGGACUUUGUGGCGGGUGGGCCCGCGGAGCUGUCGGUCCAGUCGGGCCAGACGGUGGAGCUGCUGGAGAGGUCUGGCGAGCGGCCCGGGUGGUGCCUGGUGCGGACGACGGAGCGCUCGCCGCCGCUGGAGGGCCUCGUGCCCAGCGCCACCCUCUCCGUCUCCCACUCCCGCAGCAGCGUGGACAUGGACUGCUUCUUCCCCACGGGGAAAGAGAACUAUCCGGUAGCAAGCGCUGAGGUGAAGUCUGAGUCUGUGGCUUCGCUGCAGCCCCAGGCAUCCGUCAGCUCCCUGCCGACCGGCUCGCCGGGACCCAAACGCUCUGGCACCACCGGCAACACCCUGAAGAAGUGGCUGACCAGCCCGGUGCGGCGCCUCAGCCACGGGAAGGGGGACAACGCCAACGCCAAGAAGCCCACCAGCAAGCAGCGCAAGCGGGACGGACGCAAGAGCGUGGACCUGGGCCCCCAGCACGAGGACAGCACAGAGGAGAAGGGCAGGAGAGGAGUGAACAGCGGUGGAGAAGAGGAGGCUGAGGACGAGCCCCACACCCCGCUGCCUCCCCCCAUGGAGAUCAUCAAGGACUCCUCCGCUCAGGAGACCCCUGAGCCCGGUGCGUUUCCAGCCUUUGGGAGUGUGAGUCCUUCAGAGCAGAAGGAUCGAGACCCAGAGAUGGAAAAGAAAAACAAAGCCAUGAGAGGACGCAUGUUUGUAAUGAAUGAAAUGGUUCAGACAGAGCGAGACUACGUCAAAGACUUGGGCAUCGUAGUAGAGGGGUUCAUGAAGAGAGUGACAGAGAAGGGAGUAUCAGAGGAUAUGACGGGGAAAGACAAGAUCGUGUUUGGGAACAUCCAUCAGAUGUACGACUGGCAUAGAGACUUUUUCCUUGGAGAACUGGAGAAAUGUGUGCAGGACCACGAUAGACUGGCAGAGCUUUUUAUCAAACAUGAACGGCGGCUCCACAUGUAUGUGGUCUACUGCCAAAACAAACCGAGGUCUGAGUUUGUGGUAGCGGAGUAUGAUUCCUACUUUGAGGAAGUACAGCAGGAAAUAAACUGCAGGAUGUCCAUUAGUGACUAUCUGAUCAAGCCCAUUCAGAGGAUCACCAAAUACCAACUCCUCCUGAAGGACUUCUUGAAGUUCAGUUUGAAGGCUGGCCUGGACUGUCAGGAAAUCGAGAAAGCUGUGGAUCUGAUGUUCCUGGUCCCCAAGCGCUGCAAUGACAUGAUGAACCUGGGACGGCUGCAGGGCUACGAGGGCAAGCUUACAGCCCAGGGAAAGCUGCUCCUGCAGGACACGUUCUUCGUGACAGAGCACGACACCGGGGUUCUGUCACGCAGCAAAGAGCGGAGGGUCUUCCUCUUCGAGCAGAUCGUCAUCUUCAGUGAGCUCCUGCGCAAGGGCUCGUCCACACCUGGCUACCAGUUCAAGAAGAGCAUCAAGGUGAACUUCUUGAACUUGGAGGAGCACGUGGACUCUGACCCGUGUAAGAUUGUGAUGACGUCACGAGGCUCCUCCGAGAGGCUGACGCUGCAGGCUGCCAACAUGGACAUCAAGCAGGAGUGGGUGCGCGGGAUCAGAGAGCUGCUGGAUGCCCAGAGCAGCUUCCUGUCGGCUCUUCAGAACCCUCUGAACCCUCAGAUCUUCCAGAAGAAAGAUGGCGGGGGUUCUCUGACCCGACAGCAUUCCGCUAAUGGACGGCCACCUGCCCACCCCUCUAGCCCCCUCAAGCCAUCUACCUCCAACGGGAGCCCCGCCCACAAGCCCAGCAAGCACCCUGAACCUGAUAUGUCCGACGACCCCGACUGCAACGGCCUGUCGUCAGUGCUGGUGACGCACGACUACAGCGCGGUGAAGGAGGAUGAGAUUUGCGUGGUGGCCGGGGAGAGGGUGCAGAUCCUGGCCUCCAACCAGCAGAGCAUGUGCCUGGUGUACCGACCUGCCAACAGCCAGUCCCCCGCCGCCGAGGGCUGGAUCCCAGGACACGUGCUCGCGUCCACGCGGUGAGCCCCAUCCCUGGCUCCGGCGGACACACACACACUCCUUCUCCUCCUCCUCAUCUUCCUCCUGGUCCCUCCUCACAUCUUAUUCAGUUGAAACCCUCACUGCAGACUCACUGGUAGUCUCCCGCGUUCCACCGUAGGUGACCGCGUGGAGCUUAAUGAAGGAGCUGUCAAUCACGUGCCAGUCAUCACUCCGUCACCGCAACAGCCACCUCCCCCUUCCUUCUCUUGAGAUCUCAUUGGACUGUAAAAGCACGGCACCUGCCCCCUUUCUCUCUCUCUCUUUCUCUCUCUCUGUCCCUCUCUGUCUAUCUCUCUCUCUCCUGUGGCUCGGCCUCUUUCUGAUUGGACAUAAGAGUAAUGAACUGACGAUGCACGCUGUCCUACGUAGGUUUGACACCAUCUCCUCACCUUCUGUUGAUAUGUCUACGAAAAAAAUAAAAAAAACAUUCAAAUAACAGGGGAACUUGAAAUAUAUCUAAAUAUAUAUAUUAAAAAAGAAUGAUUGUGUUCCUUUGGAAAGGAAACUCAUGAGGUGAACUUCUGAUUGGUUUGGUGUGACCAUGUGUUUGUGUGUUUAUGCUUCUCAUCCAGACGUGUCAUUCUGCCCAAACCCAGACACAAACAAUUUUACCCCCAAAGGGAGUCUCCUGGGCUUCCCCUCUAUGCCAAGUCAUUUGUACACAGUGUACUAUAGUUUGUCUUCUAUGUGUUCAAAUUUUUAUUUUUGCAAGUUGUUUUUAAUAAUUAUGUCAUGAUUUACAGCUCUCUGAUGUUGCCAAGCCACAGCUAAAGCAUAAAAAAGCAUUUUUCUUCUUUUAUUUUCUGGCUCCCUUGUACAAAAAAAAAAAAGUUUUCUGCACUUUCCAAUGAAAUGCAUUACGAUGACGCCAGGUUGUGCAAUAUCUCAAAAAAGUCUACGUUCAUCAUUGUACUUGUAAUGUAACAAAGAAUUUUAAAUGUAUUAUUCUGUAUCAUUUUAAAUUUGUACAUAAUAUUUUUGACAUUACCAUGAUCUAACAGACAAGAGAAAGUUAUAUCUGUUCAGCAUUAGGAUAUAAAAAAAACUCAGUGCUAUAAGUAAUUUAAAAAAACUCUGAUAGGCAAGACAGUUCUAUGGUGCUCCAACAAAACAACUCAAGCUCUCAGCCCAUGAAUCAUAACUCUGUCUGGUUUAGUGCAUCGUCAUCAGGGCCUGUCCAACUCACCCCAGGCUGAAAAAACGGAAAAACUAGAAAAAAAAAACCUAGAAAAGAAAAAGUUAAAAGACGAAAUUGUUGAAUUUUUUGAAAAUUAGUCGAUUACAAGUUGGUGUUGUGAAUGGCAUCUAUUUCUGAUUGUGAGUACCUGCUGCUGUCUCCUGGCGCCCGCUCCCAGCCCUGGCCUUUGUGAGAUAACUGUACAUAUCAGAUAUAGCAGCCCAUGUGGCAGCCGACUCUGGACCGGAUUUGGGCCGGAUCCGGACCGGAUCUUAAACGGAACCGGUCUGGAUGCGAUGCAAGGCAGAGUCAGCAGCCAUCUGGGAAGUCUUUCAUUUGUUUAACUCUGGAAUGUGGUUCAUAAUAAAGCUGACAAUUUUUCAUCUUGAAAA